AUGCCGACCGGAGUACAUGAGCUGUUCAUCGACGGAGUCGAAGACGCAAUUCGAAGCCAAUUGAAAGCGAUACGCAAGGGAUCAGACAAGGCAGCCCUCUUUGCGCAGAAAGUUCGCCCGGCACGGUCGACGGAGAUCUAUUUUCCAGUGGAUGGCGCCUCUCUUACCAAGAAGUCGAAGCACGAGCUAGACGCGUCUUUUUGGCACACAGACGCACGAUACCCUGGGGUUAUCAUUGAGGUCGCAUACUCGCAGAAGAAAAGGAGGUUGAGCCGGCUGGCUGAAGAUUGUCUUCUAGACUCUAAUGCUAGUGUGCAAGUCGUUGUUGGCCUAGAUAUUGAAUACGGAAAGAAGGGCUCCCGGAAGGCGACUGUGUCGGUGUGGCGAACCCAGGUGGUCAGUACGGCUGACGGAGACGAACUAAGGGUUGUGCGAGAAGUUGCGGAUGAAGCCUUCCGCGACGAUGACGGAAAUCCUACCGAUCAUGAAGGCCUUCCGCUCCGGCUCAAAGACUUCGCGUAUGAAGAACUUGCACUCAACGAGAUCGGAGAUGAAGACCUUAAAGUGGGCAUCUCUACUCGGCAGCUCUGUGAAUAUCUUGGCGCAGCGGAGACGAUGGUAAACCGAUCACAUUCACUUGGUGAGCAUUCGGUCGGUCCUGGAAUCAAGAAAAGGAAGAGAUUGGAAACGCCUCCCGAGGAGAUUAAUUCAAACGACGAAGCAAGGUAUGUUGAGCAAGAGGAGAGGGCAGCGAAGCGUAUAGCGGAGGACGAUCUUGAUUAUGAAAGUCUGCCGAUUGGAAGCUCGUUCGAGUAA